GCAGAGUGCUCGAGGUGGCUGAACACAAGAGAGCUUCCUGAUCACAUCAGGAAUUAGAUCAAGGUGUACCAGAGAGGGCAGGAUGACCACGUUAAGGAGGAAGUUGGUGGUGGUUGGUGACGGUGGCUGUGGUAAGACCAGCCUGUUGUUUGUUCUGUGCAAAGACGAGUUCCCCGAAGACUACGUCCCUACAGUAUUUGAGACCUACGUGGCAGAUAUAGAAGUUAACCAGAAGUUGGUGGAGCUGGCGCUGUGGGACACGGCCGGUCAGGAGGACUAUGACCGCCUACGGCCCCUGUCCUACCCCGACACCAACGUCAUCCUCAUCUGCUUCUCCGUGGACAACCCCGACUCGCUGAGGAACAUUCCGGACAAGUGGAUGCCCGAGGUCAGGCACUUCUGCCCCAGUGUGCCAGUGGUACUGGUGGGUAACAAGAAGGACCUGAGGAGUGACCAGCGAGUGUGGAAGGAGCUGGCCCGGAGCAAGAAGGAGCCUAUCCGGUGGGAAGAGGGCCAGGCCGUGGCUGAGAGGAUCGGGGCCUACCGUUACCUGGAAUGCUCAGCCAAGACCAAGGAAGGCGUCUGGGAGGUGUUUGAAACCGCCACCAGGGCCACCUUGAAAGCCUCGAGGAUGGGAUGUUUCAGCUGCCGGUGCUCCCUGCUGUAAAGGCGUGUGGAAGCAGGACUGAGAAACAGAACUUGCGUUUAUGGAAGGCAACUUAGUCUCACAAGAGAAAGAAACGCCCAAAAUAUCAGGGAAAUGGAAAGAUGCAUCAGGCCAUGGAUGUCCUUGUGGAACCUAUUCUGGAGAAUCAACGUGAUCUAUAACACAAUGGACUGUUCGCUAAAAAAGAGAAUUUGACUUUGGGAAACUCUCCAGAUUGUGUGUUUAUGUGUGUUUAUGUGUGGGAGUGUGUGUGUGUGUGUGUGCCUUCAUCAAACUGAGGAAUUUAAACACUCCUUGUUUUAAAAAGAGGUGUAAGUUGAGCCCUUAUUCCUCUACAGGGUGAAACUGCUUUAUAGUGCAUGUCUGAACUGUUAACCUUCCUCAAUCCUGGGGCAGAAAUGUGUUACAGAAAUAGAUCAAAUCAGGGAUUAUCUCUCCCAGAUUAGAUCGCAUUGUUAGUGGAGGGUUGGCAAGGGAGGUGAGGGUUCGGGGGUGUGCAGUGUAGGAGGAUGUUGGUAAAUCAGGAUUUAGUGUAAUCCUCUGAGAUGGCUCUUGUUUUCUGGGGUUCAGCCUUCUGUAUCCACAUGCACAGUUUCUUGUCAGCUAAUCUCCUAAAAUGUGAUGUGCUUGUUUGCAGAGUGUUCUGAGUUAGGUCAUUAUGAAUAAGGGGAGGAUUGUCAAUCUAGCAACCGGUGUGAAUGGAAAUUCCCUGUGGGAGGAAAAUAAAUUUUCAGCUUGUUACCAAAGGUGAUCGCUGUGAGAGAGAGAGAAAGAGUCAAAAAAUUAUUGUGUGUGUGUAUGUGUGUGUAGAUGAAGCUAUAUUUUUGUGUAAAUGAAGGUGAAAUUAUAACUUUUUCAGUGUGAACAUUAAACUACAUUUGUGUGUGCGUGAAGGCGAAAUUAUACUUUUUGUGCAUGAAGGUGAAAUGACUUUUUUUGUACGUGUGAUGGUGAAAUUAUAUUUUCAUGCGUGUGUGAAGGCAAAGUGAUAUUUUUGUGUGUGUGUGUGCCUUAGUGCAUGAGGGUCAGAUUACAUUUAUUGAUAGGGGCCCCAAGAUAAUGGGAAGAGUAAUUUUGUUAGCGAGAUGCAAGUAGAUGGUGGCACACAUCCACUAGGUGAAUGUUUAAAUUUCAAAUUGCCCAGAUGGAACUUGUUUGCAAUUAUCUGAGCUAUUAAUCCCUCCUUCCUUCCCUUACCUGCAGCUCAGUCAGUGACAGAGUGGAAUUGAGUUGCCUUGACUUGUAAGAUUUGGGUGAACAGGCAGUAAACCACCCAACAUUGAUGUGAGACUGACCCCUAUCCUUGCUGCAGCAUUGAGUCAUGGAUUUUGGAAGAGGAGGUGACGAAGUUGGUGGGUGGAAAGGGAUAUUUGGAUAUAGGAGAGAGGAUAUAUGAGAGACUUUUCAGCAUAUUGGAUGAAGAUAAUGUGUAAAACAGGGCUCAAAUACCAGGCAAGUCCAGGUUGACUAUUUAUGAGAUUUACUUGAAGUCUGAUUUUACCAUUUAUGGAAACAUUUAGGUUGGAUUUUUUGAUUGAUGUUGUGGCAUUAAUAGUCGAAUGUAAAAUGAUUACCACACAGAAAAUCUAAGAUCUAAAAUUUCAAACGAUAGCAUUGAAAAUAAUUCAGCGUUGUGCUGAUAGAGUAAGGUUUCCACCCCAUGAAUCUGUUUGGAUCAACAUUUCUGCCUUAAGGCUGAACAAUGAUAUUUUCUGAGAUGAAUUUUAUUGUUUUGUUUUGCCAGCUCUUGAUAAUUAAGUCUACCACCUGUUAGAGGAUCCGCAUCUGUCACUGUUAAACUUUCAUUCUUACACCACAGAGGUAAGAAUGGUUAAAGUUGGUUAAAAAUUACCUCUACCUCUAAAUGCAAAUUGUAAAUGGUGUGGUAAAGGAAAGCUCUUGUAUUUAUCAAGGGUCUUUAUUGUAUCCCGUAGGAUGUUCUGAGAACUUCCCACACAAUGAAUUGCUUUCAAUUUAUGAAACAUCAAGGCACACAGGUUCACAUGGUUUCAACUUCAGUCCUUUAUAAUUCUGUCUUGCACCUAUGAAUCUAAAAUAACUGAUAGCAAUGCAGCUUGGCCAACUGUCCUUUUAACGGAUUACCCCUUGUUUUGAACACUUGCCCACCGCACCUUCUUUUGAGACAUUUUUAUUUUUGUCCCAUAUUUCUAGGAUAGCUCGUGGGAGCUGAGCUUGUGAGUUGAAGGGUUUGAGCAGGACUGUGCGCAUCCCAAAAGGAGAUGAUAACAUUGAGAUUCUGCAGGUUAAAUUGUAGUUAUGUGUGACUUAACAUUUCCUUGCCCCCACUAUCCAACUGUUCUGGCCCCCCCACCACCCUUCCUGGUCCUGUGGUAGGAUUGGGAUUUUAUUAAGAAUUGGCCAGUCAGCUGCAAUCCCUAAUGUGAAACUCUAAUUCUGACAGGACAAAUAAGCCUCCCACAGUCAAAUAGUCUGCAGACUCUCCACAACGAGUAAUGAUGGCACAUCAUUAAAAAAUGUACUUUAUUGUAUGUGAAACAUUUUGAGAUGUCCAAGGGAUGCAAAAGGCACUAUAUAAAUACAAACUCUCUUCAAUUCAAACAACACAGUGAUAUUUACGUGGUGUUGGUACUGUGGAGUGUCUGGAACCUAUGGGACUAAAUCUCAUAUACUGGGGACAGCAACUCUGUGAACAAACGCUGCCAUAUUCUGGUACAGAUGCUUCAAGAAUAUUUAUUUCAACGUAUCAUUUAAAAUUUUAUUUGCUUUAAAAAUUGUGUAAACAGCUGAUUUUUUUUCUCUCUCUGUUAAUACUGAAUGUAAAAGACCAAACUGAAUGUCCUUCAAAGGUGCCGAAAACGAAUAUAAAGACUUUGUUGCAAUCUUUUCUAUUCAGAGUCAUUGUUAACACCCCAUUUGUGUUUUGUUUUUUUUUAAUACGAUGUAAUAAAUGUGAAAAUAGCAACAUUA